CCACAAGAGCCCGAGAGAUGGAAGAGAGGGUCAUGUACGCUGACCUGCACUUCCCUUCCACACCAGCUCCUCCGCAGAUGAAGCAGCUGCCCUGGCGCUGUGCAGCCCUCAGCCUGGCUCUUCUUUGCCUGCUGCUCCUGCUGGCGCAGACCGUCCUCGUUGGCUUGAGGUUUCACUCAAAAGCCCAGGAUGGGGCCUGCAGGCACACUCCUGUCACAGAGGAGACCCUCAACUAUGGGCAACAGACUCUGCAAGGACGAUGCCAGUUCUGCCCCGCCGGCUGGCUGUGGGACGCAGGGCAGUGCUACUACUUCUCCUCUGCCAAAAAGACCUGGGAGCAGAGCAAAGAGGACUGCUGCUCCAGAGAGGCGCAUCUGGCCACCAUCCGAGACAACAGCACCUUGGCGUUCCUGGCGCGUGUGUCCGGUGUGGAUGUGUUCUACGUGGGGCUCAAACGUGACGGCCUCCGAGCUGACUGGAAGUGGCUGGAUGGCACCACACUGAAGGGGCUCUUCCCAGUCCAGCGUUUCACCAGCUCUUUCCUGGCCUGUGGGAGGGUGUCCGGCUCGGGGCUGUCGAGCGGCCUGUGUGGGGAAGCCCGUGGCUGGGUGUGCGAGAAGCGUGCUCUGACGCUGCAGCGGGUGCCGUCCUCACCCCUCGCCUUUCUCUGGGGAAACACCACCUACACCUGCGUGAAACCCUGGUGA